AUGGCGCCUUCACGAAAUAACUCUUCCAGCGCCGCCGCCAGGCGAGCUAUGGCUGUUGAGAGAACGGCCUCUUCAGGUUCAUUCCAUGCUGGCGCGCCGAUCCCAACGUUGAGCAACAUGCGACGCCAAUCCCAUCGAUACCAGACGUUUCCUACAACGCCGCCAAAGACUCCCCUGGAACAGCCCUACGCUGGUUCCAAUGCGAGCGAUUCCGAUGAUGAAGAUGAUAGCGAAGAGACGCCAUUGCCUAUCCGACAGCUGUUGUUGCUGGCUUUCCUCUCCCUUGCCGAACAGACCGCGCUGAACUCGAUAUCGCCCUACCUUCCCGAGAUGGUGCUCAACAUGCCUGGUAUCCCUGAUGACGAAGCCGGUCUAUACGUCGGAAUACUCGCGAGCUCUUUCGCAUUGGCGCAGCUGUCGACAAACUUCCUUUGGGGAUAUGCCUCGGAUGUAAUUGGCAGAAAGCCGGUUCUGAUCAUGGGCACGAUUGCGCUUAUGGGCUGCUUUUGCGUGUUUGGCUUAUGCAAGGAGUACUGGCAGAUCGUGGUCGUUCAUGUUAUGAUGGGACUGCUCAACGGAAACGCUGCUUGCGUCCCGACAGUCUUGGGAGAGGUUACCGACCGGUCCAACCAGAGCCGCGCGUUCACAUACUUGCCCGUCAUUUACUCCCUCGGCAGCAUCACUGGACCUGCACUUGGUGGUAUCCUUGUGGGACGAAUGGGUAGCAAGUAUCCGUAUCUGGCUCCCAACAUCCUCUCUGCUGGUCUCCUCGCUGUCAGCGUUAUUGUGGUCAGCAUCUGGUUCGAGGAAACUCUGGACAAGACCCAAGUCGCAUUCGAGAAGCCCGCAUGGGUUGAGAAGAUCCUCUCCUGGUUCCCUUCGCGCCCUCCGCCCCCACGACGUCCCUCAUGGAGCGCGCGCUGGCCUCGAUCGCAUACCUCGCAACCUCUUCUCUCCUCCGGCCGAGCACCCUCCUCCGACUCCGAAGAUGACGACGACGAAUCCGACUCUGACGAAAGCGACAAGCUCGACCCCGCCCUCUCCGCCUGGAAGGAUCUCAGCCGAACCACCAUCCUCGUCCUCUUCACCUACCUCGUAUUCCAGCUGUCCAAUAUCUCAUUCAACAGCUUGUACCCCAUCUUUGCUGCGACGCCUCCUCCUGCCGGUCGCGACUUGCUGCCCAGUAGAAUUGGCGUCAGCUUGAGUGUCGCAGGGUUGGCGAGCUGCAUUUUCCAGGCCUUCUUGUUCCAGCAGCUUAAGUCCAAGCUGGGUAACCUGGGUACCUACCAGAUCUCGCUUCUGGGGCUUGGUAUCAGCAUGCUGUUCAUGCCUUGGGUUGGCUACGCCGAUGACAAGCCUUUGUUCGGUAUCGGCAGCGGCAAGAUGUGGCUGUACAUUGAGCUUGGCCUUGUGUUGAUCCUCAAGAACAUGUGCGCUGUCGGUGGAUUGUCCAGUGUUAUGCUUUUGGUGAGUCCCUCCAUUGAGCAACUAUUGAACUUUACUUACAAACUCCAGAUCACCAACUCCGCACCGUCGCAUUCCAGCCUCGGCAGUCUUAACGGCAUGGCCCAAACCCUCUCCGCCCUCGGCCGCAGCUUCGGUCCUUUCGUGUCUGGCGGCCUCUUCAGUCUAUCCAUCAACAUCCGACCCAAGGGUGAAGCCAUAGCUUGGAGUGUCUUUGGCGGUCUGGCUAUUCUUGGUUGGGUUUCGUCUCUCUUCAUCCGUCGCGAUGGGCUGGAGAGUGAUGACUGGCAGGGAUCAGAUGACAAUUCCUCUGAGCAAGAUGAAGAGGCAUAA